UCCGUGUUCUUCUGAAGCAUGUAUGAGGUGUAAUAACACUCGGAGUUCCCCACGCAACUUUCCUUGUAUUUUUUCUCGUCAUUCAUCGCAGGCACACGCAGACUUCAAGUUGUCUUCAAGUCCUCGAAAUCUAUGGCGUAUUACGGAAAUGAUCGAUGUGGAACCUUUGAACAGUAUUAUCGCUGUUAUCCUGUCUCCUUCAUCGACAAGUCACAUCUGGAAAAGGGUGAUAAAAUUAUCAUGCCUCCCUCAGCCCUUGAUCGCCUCGCAUCUUUGCACAUAGAGUACCCUAUGUUAUUUCAACUUAUUAAUCCUUCUGCUGAAAGAGUUACACAUUGUGGGGUGCUAGAAUUCGUAGCUGAUGAAGGGAUCAUAUAUAUACCAUACUGGAUGAUGGAAAAUAUGCUCCUCCAAGAGGGAGACCUUUUAUAUGUGAAAAACACCAACCUUACAAAAGCAACUUAUGUGAAGCUGCAGCCUCACACAAAGGAUUUUUUAGAUAUCUACAAUCCAAAAGCCAUCUUAGAGACUUCACUGAGGAGUUACUCAUGCUUAACAACUGGGGACACUAUAAUGGUUCAAUACAACAAGAAGAAGUAUUACAUUGACGUUGUUGGAACUCGACCCUCUCCUGCAGUCAGUAUAAUUGAAACUGACUGUGAAGUUGAUUUUGCUCCGCCACUUGAUUAUAAAGAACCUAAGAAACAAGCCAAAGUUGACAGGAGAAGACCAAAGGUUGAAGAUGAGCCGCCAAAAAAGAUUGCCCGGUUCAAUUCAUUUUCUGGUUUUUCAAGACGCUUGGAUGGUAAAGCCUCGUUAGAACCAGUUGAACAAACAUCCCUUCCGGAGUUAAAGCAGAAACAAUAUCACAAAGAAAUCAAUAAUUCAGACGCUAAGCCAACAAAUACUGCGUCUCAUGGAGCUUUGGGAAAGCUGGUGUUAAAGUCAAAUGCAACUACAUCUAGCAAUAAAGCAACACCUAAGGUUUCUCAAGAAAGUCAAUGUCAAGACAAAUCCCAGGAGGAGGGAGAUCCAAAAUUCAAACCUUUCAUUCCCUUUUCUGGUUCUGGAAGACGUUUGGGUGGUAAAACCUCAGCACACCCAGUUGAAGUAGCAUCCUUUCCUGAAUUACAUCAGAAAGAAACUGACAAAGAAAUGAAGGAUUCUGAUUCUAAGCCAGUAAAUAUUGCGUCUCGUAUGGCUUCUGGAAAGCUUGUGUGUGGGAUAAAUGCAGCUUCAUCUAGCUGUCAAGCAACAUCUAAGACUUCUCAUGAAAACAAAUGGCAAGAGAAAUUUCUAGAGGAAGAAGAUCCAAAAUACAAGCCUUUCAUUCCGUUCUCUGGAAUGGGAAGACGUUUGGGUGGUAAAGCCUCAACACGAACAGUUGAAGAAACAUCCCGUCCAAAGCUAAAGCACAAAGAAACUGACAAAGAAAUGAAGAAUUCUGAUUCUAAGCCAACAAAUACUGCGUCAUGUAGAUCUUCUGAAAAUCUUGUGUUUGGAUCCAAUGUAACUACGUCUAGCUUUCAAGCAACACCUAAGUUUAAUCCAGGAAACAAAAGUCAAGAGAAAUCCCAAAAGGAAGAACAGCUAAAGUUCAAGCCUUUCACUGGAAAGAAGCAUACGUUAAUGGAUUGAUCUUUAUUGUCUAAUUUUCUCUUGUUUUCUUUUGAUAUACGGAAUAUUGGUUGAACCAACAUUGGCUAAGCUUCCAUAUUCCACUCUGAUAUAUGCUUUUCAUGCUAUAUAUGUAAAUAUCAGAUGUAAUCAUGGAACAAGAAAUUACUCCAAAAAAUUUUGAAUUCUUAUUUGAUUUA